AGCUCCCAAUCGUUUCGCCAACCCAACAACACAAGCGAAGCGACGACAUCCAAACGAAACGUCUCCCAUAUACCCUCAUACCUCCGCAAUGGCCGCCCCGAAAGAGCUGUUCUCCGCCGAUCUCCUCUCCCCCGAGGUGCAAUCAGCCCUCCCCGAGGGCUACAAGUUGCGCGCGCUUCGCCCAACUGACUAUGACACUGGCUUCCUCGACUGCCUCCGCGUCCUGACCACGGUAGGCGACAUUACCAAGGAGCAGUUCCAGGACCGUUACAACUGGAUCUCGCGACAGGACGGUGGCUACUUCAUUCUCGUCAUUGAGGACACCAACAGCAGCCCACCCAGAGUGGUCGGCACCGGCGCCGUGUUGGUUGAGCGCAAGUUCAUCCACAAUCUCGGGUCAGUCGGACACAUCGAGGACAUCGCAAUCGCCAAGGACCAGCAGGGCAAGAAGCUGGGUCUCCGUAUGAUCCAGGCGCUGGACUUUAUCGCCGAGAGGACGGGCUGCUACAAGACCAUUCUCGACUGCAGCGAAGCCAACGAGGGCUUCUACGUCAAGUGCGGCUUCAAGAGGGCGGGUCUGGAAAUGGCACAUUACUAUCAGAACACAAAGAGCAAAGCUUAGAAUGCUGUUAAAUUCUACAAUAAUCAUGUUCUUUGCUUUUCUCGACUCGGUAUGGAAUGGAAAU